CAGUGGGAGCACUGCCCAGGCUGGGGGGGCACCCGGAGCGGGAAGGAGCCGAGCAGGACGGAGGAAGCCGCGGGCAGCCGUGUGCCGGGAGCUGCUGCGGGAGCCCCGCCGGGGCCGCUCGGUGGGGCCGGGGCGAGCGGGGGGAGCUGCGGGCGGGGCCGGAGCGCUCGGCGCUGCGCGGGGGCCGGAGCGGCCGCCGGCGCCCUCCCCCGCCGCUCGCUCCGCGCCGCUCCGCGCUCCCCGCGCUCUCCGCUCCGCUCCGGUCCGCCCUCCGCCGCGCCCCCGCUCCGCUCCGCUCCGCUCCGCUCCGCCGGCAGCGCCCGCCCCCGCCCGGCCCGGCCCCGCUCGGCGCGGAGCGGCUCGGCUCGCAUCGGCUCGGAUCGCAUCGGCUCGGCUCGGCUCGCCCAGCCCAGCUCCGCCGCGCCCGCCGCAGGAUGCCGGGGCCCCGCGGGCUCUGCCUGCUCGCCCUGCUGCUGCUGGGCACCCCCGCGGCCCCACGCCCAGACAGCGGAUCGGGGGCAGCGCUGGUGCCGGCCAGCCCGGACCCUCUGGCUGAGGAUGAACCUGUGGAGAAGAUGGGAGGUGGAGCUGCAGAGCUGGGACACAGCACGGCUUUGACUGGUGGAGCUGAGGAUUUUGGGCAUGCCCUGGGUUCAGGCCCUGGAGCUGGGGAGCAGGGGAAGGGCACUGCCCUCAACCUCCUGCCAGCCCCAGGAGAGACCACGCCGCCCCUGCCCACGGCCGCCGCUGCCCCCAGACCUGAUGCCAAGCAAACUUCCCCUGUCAAGAAAAAGCCACCGACUCUAAAGCAAGUAAACACGGGAAGGAAACACCCAAGGCUGAAGCCCACCCCAGCAGGGCCCCCUGGGACUGCCUCCCCCUCCAGCCCACGGAGCUCCAGGCUCCCCACGGCUGCCCCAGGGCUGCGGGUGCCAGCAGAGGACACGGAGCAGAGCCCCCCAGAGCUGCCCUGGGUGGAGCAGGCCACCACCAGCCGCCCUACUCUGCAGAUCUCCCCUUCCACCCUGCCCCCAGCUGUCCCCCAGCCCUUCCCUGACAGCACGGGGGAUGCUGGGGAGGCUCCGACCGCGGCUCCCGCUGGCGCUGCCGUCAUCCCAACCAAGGGCGCGGAGAGGGACGCGCACGGCUCUGCGCCAGAGGAGAGCCAGGAAACCACCACGUCCACCAUCGUCACCACCACUGUCACCACCACGGAGCCCACCCCGGUGCUCUGCAGCAUGAGCUUCCACGACCCCGAGGGCUACAUCGACUCCACGGAUUACCCGCCGCUGCCCCUGCACGGGUACCUGCAGUGCACCUACAACGUCACCGUCUACACCGGCUACGGCGUCGAGCUCCAGGUGAAGAGCGUGAACCUGUCAGAUGGGGAGGUCCUGUCCAUCCGUGGCGUGGACGGCGAUGCCCUGGUGGUCUUGGCCAACCAGACCCUUCUGGUGGAGGGCCAGGUGAUCCGCAGCCCCACCAACACCAUCUCCGUCUACUUCCGCACCUUCCAGGACGACGUGGUGGGGACCUUCCAGCUCCACUACCAGGUGUUUAUGCUGAGCUGCAACUUCCCACGGAGGCCUGACUUCGGAGAGGUGACGGUGAUGGAUCUGCACUCGGGUGGCAUCGCUCACUUCCACUGUCACCUGGGCUACGAGCUGCAGGGCCCCCGCAUGCUGACCUGCAUCAAUGCAUCCCGGCCACACUGGAGCAGCCCCGAGCCCAUCUGCUCAGCUCCCUGUGGAGGGACAGUGCACAAUGCCACCAUCGGCCGCGUGCUGUCCCCCAGCUACAGCGGGAACCACUCUGGCAGCAUGUACUGCGUGUGGGCCAUCGGGGCCCCCCCGGGCCAGAAGCUGCACCUGCACUUUGAGAAGCUCCUGCUGACUGAGAAGGACAGGAUGGUGGUGUACAGCGGGGACACCAACCGCUCGGCCGUGCUCUACGACUCGCUGCGCGCCGACAGCGUUCCCUUCGAGGGCGUCAUCAGCGACGGCUCCUCCAUCAGGAUCGACUUCCUCGCCGAGGAGCCCGCCGCCGCCACCGCCUUCAACAUCCGCUUCGAAGCCUUUGAGCGGGGCCACUGCUACGAGCCCUACAUCCAGAACGGGAACUUCACCACUUCCGACCCCACCUACAACCUGGGCACCACCGUGGAGUUCACCUGUGACCCCGGGCACUCCCUGGAGCAGGGCCCUGCCGUCAUCGAGUGCAUCAACAUGCGGGACCCCUACUGGAACGACACGGAGCCGCUGUGCCGAGCCACGUGUGGAGGGGAGCUGACUGCUGUGGCCGGGGUGAUCCUGUCCCCCAACUGGCCGGAGCCCUACACGGAGGGGGAGGAUUGCAUCUGGAGGAUCCACGUGGGCGAGGAGAAGCGGCUCUUCCUGGACAUCCAGCUCCUGAACAUCACCAACAGCGACAUCCUGACCAUCUACGACGGGGACGAGCUCUCCUCCCGCAUCCUGGGACAGUACGUGGGCAGCAGCGGCCCCCAGAAGCUCUACUCCUCCAGCCCCGACCUCACCAUCCAGUUCCACUCAGACCCUGCUGGGCUCAUCUUUGGCAAGGGACAAGGAUUCAUCAUGAACUACAUAGAGGUGUCCCGCAACGACUCCUGCUCUGACCUGCCCGAGAUCCAGAACGGCUGGAAGACCACGUCACACACAGAGCUGGUGAGAGGGGCCAAGAUCACCUACCAGUGUGACCCGGGCUAUGACAUCGUGGGCAGUGACACCCUCACCUGCCAGUGGGACCUCAGCUGGAGCAGUGACCCUCCCUUCUGUGAAAAGAUUAUGUACUGCACGGACCCGGGGGAGGUGGAGCACUCCACCCGCCUCAUCUCGGACCCGGUGCUGCUGGUGGGCACCACCAUCCAGUACACCUGCAACCCCGGCUUCGUGCUGGAGGGCAGCUCCCUGCUCACCUGCUACAGCCGCGAGACUGGCACCCCCAUCUGGACCUCGCGGCUCCCGCACUGUGUCUCUGAGGAGUCGCUGGCCUGUGAUAACCCAGGGCUGCCAGAAAAUGGGUACCAAAUUCUUUACAAGCGCCUCUACCUGCCAGGAGAGUCCCUGACCUUCAUGUGCUAUGAGGGCUUUGAACUGAUGGGGGAGGUGACCAUCAAAUGCAUCCUGGGCCAGCCAUCCCACUGGAGUGGCCCCCUGCCCAUCUGCAAAGUGAACCAAGACAGCUUUGAACACGCUCUCGAAGUAGCAGAAGCUGCUGCAGAGACGUCGCUCGAGGGGGGAAAUAUGGCCUUGGCCAUCUUCAUCCCGGUGCUGAUCAUCUCCCUGCUGCUGGGAGGAGCGUACAUCUAUCUCACCAGGUGUCGGUACUACUCCAGCCUCCGCCUGCCCCUCAUGUACUCCCACCCCUACAGCCAGAUCACGGUAGAAACGGAGUUUGACAACCCGAUUUAUGAGACAGGGGAAACACGAGAAUAUGAGGUUUCGAUAUAAGGACAGCAGUAAGAGAGUCUCCAGCAGCGAACUUAAUGUGCUCUCAUAGAACUUCCUCAGUAACUAAUCCAGAGACCACGUGGAGUUUGGUUGGACCCCCGGACCUGCUGUUGUCUUUCCUUUUGCCUCUCUAUUGAAGAUUUUACUGUUUUCUUCACUGUAUUUAUUCUAUUUAAACUGCGAUAGGUGUGCUGCCCAGCCCUGGGCACAGGCAGCAGCUGGAGCCGGGGCAGAGCUGGGUCCUGGUGAGGCCAGGGGGGCACGGGGGCACUGCUGUGUCCCCCUCCAUGGCAGAAUGUCCCCCUCCAUGGCGGAGCGUCCCUCGGCACUGCCCACACAGACGCAGGGGGAUUUUUGCGGUUCUGAUGUUGUUAAAAAUUAAAGAUGUCUCCAUUGCAAGAGCCUGCGGUUGAUUGCUGGGAGCUGAGCUAGCGCAGGGUCCCCCCAGGGUCCCACCCUGCAGCUCCCGGCUCCCACAGUGGGACCCUCCCCCGGGGGGCUCGGGGGGCACUGGCACAGGGACUGUCCUCGCUGCAGGGCUCAGGGACAGCCUGGCACACACGAGGUACGUGCUGCUUUCUUUUCCCACUUCGCUUUGGAUGUGGAGAGGCAGCGAGCCAGGACUGUGGGGUGAUGCCCUGCGGAGAAACACCAACCAGUGCCACCCAGCCACCAGCCCAGCACAGCUGGGAGCCCUGGAAGCCACCCUGGAGCGAGCAGAGCUCCCAGCUGGUGCCCCUCUGCUCUCUGCCCGUUGUUCCUCUCCAGCAGCACUUCCCAUCACCCUGCCAGGAUCACCCCGACCCGGCACGGCCCAGGGUCGCUCUCUGCCCCUGGCAGCAUCUCAGGGUAAGCAGGAUGGGCUGGGCUCCCUGGCUCCUGCUGCAGGAGGGGCCCUGGCGGGCUGUGCUGUGCAUCCACACCUGGCUGGGUCCCCCAGGCGGGCAGGGGAUGAAGGUGGAGCUGUUGGCAAGGAGAGGCAGGUGGGAUGUGUGGAGGCUUCAGCACAGGAGCUCUGUGGGGAGCAGAGCAGGCAGAAAUCGUCCUCAGUCCCACCCUCGCCAUCCCCUGCACUCCUUCACUGCAUCACCCCUGCCAGAGCCACACAGCGGUGGGGACACGGACCCCAAAGGGACACCACUGUCCCUGCUGUCCCCCAGCCAGCCCCUGGGGAGGGCAGCGAAGGCAGGGCCACGUCCUUGGCUGCUGGUGUCCUUCUUUUGUCCUUGUAGAAGAAUGGCAAGUGCGGGAGGCUGGGUGAGCUCGGGGUGGUUGGUGCAGCUCUGCGGUGUACAGCUGGGAUUUAGGGGUUUUCCUUUCAAAACAACGAAUGUGUGUUUGUAAUUUGUAAUGAUUAAAAAAAAAAAGAGGAAAAAAAAAGAGAAAAAAAAAAUGUGCCAAAAAAUGUACGAAGCAUUUCAUUUCCCUUCAUACAUGUCUGUUUUUAUAAGAACAAUGUGAAAAUUGCUGGGAUUAAAUAUUUUUGAACAUGA